AUGACUGUGCCGGACCACAAAGUCAACGUCGACGAAGCAAAGGCUAUCCUUUCUCAGUUGAAUGCCCUGGAUCUGCAAAAAUCCGGGUCGCAUCAGGAUUUCAUUCUCAAAUGCCAGUCACUGAUCGACAUCUUCCAGAAGCCUGGGGAUAAGGCGUUAGAGAUUUUAACAUCGUUCACCGUAUUCCCUUGUCUCCACGUUGCCAGUGAUCUCGGGAUAUUCGAAAAGCUAUCCAAAGGCCCCUUGACGGCUCGUCAGUUGGCGGAGCAGACGGGAGCGGACUUGGUGCUCGUUGCUCGGCUGAUGCGCGUAAUCGUCGGGGCGAAGGUAGUCGCUGAAAUAGACUCGGAAACCUACGCUCCAACGCCUAUAUCCAAUCUAUAUGCUACGUCUGCUUACGCUGCUGGGUUUGGCAUGUAUGGCGCGAUUGUCGAUAAGCUGGGCUGUUUCCCUGAGUAUCUCAGAGAAACGAACUACCGCAACCCAGCCGACCACGAGAAUGGAAUAUUCCAGUACUGCUUCCGAACCAAUCUUACAACCUUCCAGUGGAUAAAUCAGAACCCUGAGGUGGCUCGUGAUUUUAAUCUCUUCAUGACAACUCGCCACGCCCAGCAACAUUGGUCCGACACCUAUCCAGUCUGGAAAGCGAUCAGUGAUGGCGUCACGCUCGACGCUCAGAAUCCAUUGGUCGUCGACGUGGGAGGCGGAAUGGGCCAUGAUUUGCAAGUUCUCAAAACGAAAUUGCCAUCGAUCAGGAAGGGUCAAUUGAUUGUGGAGGAUCAAGCUUCAGUCAUCGACGCCAUUCCGGCCGACAUGCAGGAUCCAGAUCUGCAAUACGUAAAGUACGAUUUUUUCACACCGCAGCCCGUCCAUGGCGCGCGCGUAUAUCUGCUCAAGUCCAUCAUUCACAAUUGGCCUGAUCACAAGGCGGUCGAUAUUCUGCGGAAUGUCGCGUCUGGGAUGAAGCGCGGGUACUCCAAGGUUUGGCUUUUCGGUGCCAUUGUUCCGGAUACCAAUGCUCCUCAAAUGCUGGCUGGGUUGGAUAUCAUUAUGAUGGUUCUUCUGGCGGCUAUGGAGAGAACCAAGCAACAUAUAGCGGAGCUGUUGGAUAAAGCGGGCAUGGUCCUGACGGAUGUGCAGAUGGUUGGUGAUGGAUACGGGGUCAUUGAAGCUAUGCUCAAGUAG